AUGUCUGCUCAAGCCCCUCACAACACCCUCCUUAUCCCCGGUCCCAUCGAAUUCGACGAUGCCGUCCUCCAGUCGAUGUCCCACUAUGCUGAGAGCCAUGUCGCUCCCGGCUUCGUGAAGGUCUUCGGCGAGACUCUGACUCUCGUGCGCAAGCUCUUCCAGUCCACCAACCCCACCGCGCAACCCUUCAUCAUCUCCGGAAGCGGCACCCUUGGCUGGGAUCUCGUCUCCGCGAACCUGAUCGAGCGUGGCGAGAAUGCUCUCAUCCUCAACACCGGCUACUUUGGUGACUCAUUCGGCAAGUGUCUGGAGAUCUACGGUGCCAAUGUGACACACCUCACGGCGCCCAUUGGUGAACGCCCAUCGUUGGAGGAAGUGGAGCAGGCGUUGAAGCAGAAGCAGUACAAGCUCAUCACGCUUACACACGUCGAUACCUCGACCGGCGUCCUUUCGGAUGUCAAGGGUGUGGCGCAAUUGGUUCGCCGCGUCAGCCCAGAGACCCUCGUCGUUGUGGACGGCGUGUGCAGUGUCGGCUCGGAGGAGAUCGCUUUUGACGAGUGGGAUCUCGACGCCGUCCUCACAGCCUCACAGAAGGCCAUCGGCUGCCCGCCCGGUCUGAGCAUCGUCAUGACCUCCGGCCGCGCCAUCCAGGCUGCCCAAUCGCGCAAGACCCCUCCUGGCGCUUACUACGCUUCCAUCGCCAACUGGCUCCCUAUCAUGAAGAACUACGAGAACAACAAGCCCUCCUACUUCGCUACCCCGCCCACCCAGCUCGUCCACGCCUUGCACACCACCCUCAGCCAGAUCACCGUUGAUGUCCCCGGCCGCUUCGCCAUCCACACCGAGAUCUCGGAUAAGGUCAAGGCUGCUGCUGCGGCGCUUGGUCUCAAGCAGCUCGCUCCUCGGCCUGAAUGCCAGGCCCAUGGUAUGACUGCCAUGUACCUGCCUGACGGUCUGUCCGCUCCCGAUGUUCUGCCUGGUCUGCUCAAGCGUGGUGUCAUCUUUGCAGCUGGUCUGCACAAGGACAUUGCUACCAAGUACAUCCGUUUCGGCCACAUGGGUGUCAGUGUCACUGAUUCCAACCGCGGCGACGUUGACAAAGCCCUCGCGGCGCUUAAGGAGGCUCUUGCCGAAGCUAAGCAAGCCAAGGGUCUGUAA